AUGUGUCUGAAGUACUUCGUGGAGGCUGGAGCAAUUGCUGUCCGCCGCGUUUCUAAGAAGGACCUCCGCAGGAUUGCAAAGGCCACGGGAGGAGAUGUCGUUGUCACCAACGACGGAGCCACAAUUCUCAAACAACUCGAAGUGCAGCACCCCGCAGCAAAAGUUCUGGUCGACUUGUCCGACAUGCAGGGGGACGAGUUUCUGGAUCCUUCUUGUUUGGGAUCUUGCGCGGAAGUUUCGGAAGAAAGAGUUGGAGACUGGGAUUACAUUUUCUUUCGAGGCUGCAAAGCAGCAAAAGCGGCGACGAUAGUGCUGCGGGGCGCGAACGAGUACAUCCUGGACGAGCUGGAGCGGUCGCUGCACGACGCGCUGUGCGCCGUGAGCCGGUGCCUGAGCUGCGCAGCAGUUUGCCCCGGAGGCGGCGCCGUUGAAGCCGCCUUGUCCGUUUAUUUGGAAGACUUUGCAAGGACUUUGGGCAGUCGGGAGCAGCUGGCAGUUGCUGCGUUUGCAGAGGCGCUUUUGGUGGUGCCGAAGACUCUGGCGCUGAACGCGGCGCUGGACGCGACGGAGCUGGUGGCGCGGCUGCGCGCGGCGCACGCGCAGCAGCAGAGUGUGGGGCGGGAGCUGGGAUCGGGAUCGGGGGCGGGAUCGGAUCCCCGCGAGCUCCAGGGCCUCGACCUCGUCGCCGGCAGGCUCUGCAGCCCGCUCCUCGCCGGAGUUGCAGAAGCAACUUUUUCCAAGUCCAAAUGUCUCAAGUUCGCGACGGAGGCAGCAGUGACAAUUCUGCGGAUCGACGACUUCAUUCGCCUGGCCCCGGAGCCCGAGCGCAAGGAAAGAGAAUAG